AUGCUUUUGGCACCGCCUCUCCGUUUUCUUUUGGCGGCAACCCUAACACAGGCGGGAGUGGCGCGCCACGAUUUGGAUCCACCGCGGUGGCGGCGACGACUACAGGACAUGGGUCAAGCGGUGGGUUUACUCCCGCAGCCCCCGCCUCAAUCGCGCCGGGUUUCGUCUCUCCGAUCGGCAGUACUUCCCCCUUCGGGAGCGCAGCCGGUGCCUCUUCGGGGUCGGAUAGUGGCGCUAACGGGUCUCAAAUUCUAG